AUGUUGCUGCUGACUCUGCUGUCGCUGUAUUCACGCACACCGAAGCGGGGACGAGUACAUGCACACUACACUACUGCAAUUCAUCAUAAUUCAUUGACAGAUCCCAAUGUCACCCUCGACCCUCAUUGCGACUGUGAUGCCUCGGACUUCGGGGUGGUGCAGACGGUUCCAUAUUGUGCGGCAAGCGCGUGCGGCACCAUGCACGUGGACCUGUCGUCCGCGUGCGUCAGGUGCAGCAUGUGCGUGGCCGUCGCCGAGAAGAUUAAUCAGACGCUGCUGGAGGUGCACGAAAUGAUCAGCAACUGGCUGAACGACACGGAGAUCACGCUCCUGUUGAGAACUAUCUGCGAUCAUUCCUUCCAACAUUACAGUCUGCGCGAGAUCGAUGGCCAGCGAUUCAUCACCGACCCGUCGCCAGGUGAUAGGCUCGUCGUUUCGUCCGCCGAUGAAUUGUGGGAGGAAAACUUGAGAAACUUGUGCCACGAGUAUCUCGAUGAGAUACAGGAACUGCAGUUGUACGAGAGUUGGAAGGGAUGGUGCGAUGAGAACGAGCACCUUCCCGAUCUGGAAAACGUCCUCUGCAGGAAUGAAAUCAACAAUCUGCGGGAUUGUAGAGGUAUAAACGACAUACCUAAGCGACAGGCGACGUCGAAGUUCUUCGGUGCUCGCGUGAAGGUCUUAGCCGAGUAUAAUAAUUGUAGAUGACCAU